CCAAUCAGAGCUAGCCUAGGGUCGUAAUGCAAAGUUGGACCCAUGAGUUGGAGAAGCCGCAGCUCCUCUCUAUCCGAGUGAAGAUAGAGCUUUAUCCCAGACUGCAACUUCGUUCCUCUGUCAAUCAGCUAGCAAGCUUGAUGAAUGGCAGUGGCGAGAGACUGAACACGUUCCGUGUGUGAGUGGUCCUUCAACUGAGUUUCAAAGCUGGAGAGAAACGAGAAUUCCCGUGUGAUGGAGAAACCGUGGAAAUGUGGGGACUGUGGGAAGGAAUUCAAAUUCCCAUCCUUGCUUGAACGCCAUCGGCGCAGUCACACGGGGGAGAGACCAUUCACCUGCUCUGUGUGCGAGAAGGCAUUCAUUCAUUUAUCCACCCUGGUGACCCACCAGCGGGUUCACACAAGGGAGAGACCGUUCACCUGCUCUGUGUGUGGGAAGGAGUUCAGUCAGUCAUCUACCCUGCGAACGCACUGGCGCAUCCACACUGAAGAGAGGCCAUUUUCCUGCUCCGUGUGUGGGAAGGUGUUCACCCAGUCAUCUACCCUGCUGAUGCACCAGCGCAUCCACACUGAGGAGAGGCCGUUUUCCUGCUCCAUGUGCGGGAAGGCGUUCAGUCGGUUGUCUACCCUGCUGAUGCACCAGCGCAUUCACACUGAAGAGAGGCCGUUUUCCUGCUCCAUGUGCGGGAAGAUGUUCAAUAGUUCAUCUGCCCUGCGGAGACACCAACGGGUCCACACCGGGGAGAGGCCAUUCACCUGCACCAAGUGCGGGAAGGGAUUUACUAAUUCCUCUGACCUGCGGAGACACCGGCACAUUCAUACCGGGGAGAGGCCAUUCACCUGCUCUGAGUGUGGGAAGGGAUUCACUAACUCCUCUGCCCUGCAGAGACACCGGCGUGUUCACACUGGGGAGAGGCCCUUCAUCUGCUCCGUCUGCGGGAGAGGUUUCACCCAUUCAACUGCCCUGCUGGCGCACGGGCAGAUCCACACCGAGGAGAGACUGGUCUCCUGUUCUGUGUGCGGGAAGGGAUUCACGGACUAUUCCAGCCUGCAGAAACACCAGCAGAUUCACACCGGGGAGAGGCCAUUCAUCUGCUCUGAGUGUGGGAAAGGUUUCACCCGCUCCUCCCACCUGCAGAGGCACCAGCGAGUUCACUUGGGGGAUAAACCGUGGAAAUGUGGGGACUGUGGGAAAGGAUUCUCUUCCCCCUCGGCGCUGGAAACCCACAGACGUGUUCACACUGGGGAGAGGCCGUUCAGCUGCUCUCAGUGUGGGCAGAGAUUCACUGAAGCAUCCCACCUCGUGAGACACCAGCGUGUUCACACCGGGGAGAGACCAUUUAGCUGCUCCGUGUGCGGGAAGGGAUUCAGUCAGAUGGGCAAUCUGCAGACGCACCAGCAGGUUCACACAGGAGAGAAACCAUUCACCUGCCCCGUAUGUGGGAAGGGGUUUGCUCAGGCAUCUCGACUGAUAAUCCAUAAGCGGGUCCACACCGGGGAGAAGCCGUUCACCUGCUCCGUGUGCGGGAAGGGUUUCAGUCAGAUGGGCAACCUGCAGACCCACCAGCGGGUCCACACGGGAGAGAAGCCAUUCACCUGCCCUGUGUGUGGGAAGGGGUUUGUUCAGUCAUCUAGACUGUUAAUCCAUAAGCGGAUACACACCGGGGAGAGGCCAUUCACCUGCUCAGUGUGCGGGAAGGGAUUCACUCAGUCAUCUACACUCCUGAUCCACCAGCGGGUACACACUGGGGAGAGGCCAUUCACCUGUUCAGUGUGCGGGAAGGGAUUCACUCAGUCAUCUACACUCCAGAUCCACCAGCGGGUCCACACCGGGGAGAAGCCGUUCAUCUGCUCAGUGUGCGGGAAGGAAUUCAGUCGGAUGGGCAACCUGCAGAUGCACCAGCGGGUCCACACGGGGGAGAAGCCGUUCGCCUGCUCGGUGUGUGGGAAGGGGUUUGCUCAGUCAGCUGCACUCCUGACCCACCAGCGGGUCCAUACUGGGGAGAGGCCGUUCACCUGCUCUCAGUGCGGGAAGGGAUUCAUCAACUCUUCCGCCCUGCUGACCCACCAGCGGGUCCACACAGGAGAGAGGCCAUUCACCUGCUUUGAUUGCGGGAAGGGAUUCAUCAAUUCUUUUGCCCUGCUGACCCACCAGCGGGUCCACACCAGGGAGAGGCCAUUCACCAGCUCACUGCGGGAAGGAUUCAUCAAUUCUUCCACUCCACUGACCCACCAGCAGAUUCACACCGGGGAGAGGCCGUUCACCUGCUCUCACUGUGGGAAGGGAUUCACCCGCUCCUCCCACCUGCGGAGGCACCAGCGAGUUCACGAGCCACCGCAGGCGGAUUGAAGGAGCAACAGCUGAGAGCCAUGAUCGAUUAUACUAUUAACCCAGUUCUGGGGAUUCCCGUUGAGAACGUGUAAAGGGUAUAAGGCGGCAGGGAAAGAGGUCUGUUCUGUGUUUUGUGAAACAAGAGGUUCAGCUGAGCAUGACUCUGAUCACAUAAGAACUUGCAGUUAACAGUGGGGUGCUGGAGGCAAGGUAAUGGGUUAACAAGGUGGAAAAGCAGUCAUUAUGUAGAGCCAUUUAACAAUAUUGGAAGCAUUCAGUAUGCAAAGUCAGCCUAACAAGGGGAAAAAUAUCCAUUGUAUGUAUCCAGUUAACAAGGUUAAGAACAUUAAUUGUAUAACAGUAAAGGGCUUGGUCUCUGCUAUUGAUUGUAACGGUCACCCAAUUAAUAUGUAUGUUGCCUUAUCUGGAUGCUCUUCCCUGUAAAAUGACGAUAUAAUUCAUUGAGAAAUUGCUCUUCCAGAGAAGACCAUGAACACAUGGGCUGUUUCCCUCCAGGGCCUGGAAUAAAAAUGAAAGAGGUAAACCCA